AUGAAUCGAACAAACCAAACUCAAGAACAACCAAUUAUACCAAUUUCACCAGAAACUGCUACAAUUAUCAUAUUUACUGUUAUAAGUAUCGCAAUAAUAAAUACCAGACUUCCAACAAAGACAACACGAACUAAGAACCUAACACAAGAACAAAUUAAUAACCUACCACCAGACCAAAAACUCAGACUACAACAAUAUCAACAAGCACUCCAACAAGAAACACAACCAACAACAGUAUUUCAAACAACUACAACUACAGAAACAGUAAUACCUUCAUACUUUCAAGACCAAAAU